ACUAAAAUCACAUUUUUUUUUUCAUAUACUAAAAAACCAUCAACUUAGGUCUCCAUCAAAAAUUGGUGGGGGUGGUGGUGGUGGAAUAAUUAACUUGUGUGCUUCACCCUCAGCCACCAUUUUUUCUGCCUCCAAAUCUUUUUUACAAUGAUCUUUAUCUUCUUCCUCAAGUGAUAAGUGGCUUUGAUUGAUCUGAAUAUUUUACAAGAGAGAAGCAGAUCUGUGGAUCAACAACAAACUCUAGAGGAUCAUUACAAUUAUCAUCAAAGGUUUUGAUUUUGUGGAUCAACAAAAGAUAUGAAUUCUUUUACACAUGUUCCUCCAGGUUUUAGAUUCCACCCUACGGAUGAAGAAUUAGUUGAUUAUUACCUCAGAAAAAAGAUUGCUUCAAAAAGAAUUGACCUUGAUGUCAUUAAGGAAAUUGAUCUUUAUAAAAUUGAGCCAUGGGAUCUUCAAGAAUUGUGCAGGAUUGGAAGUGAGGAGCAAAAUGAAUGGUACUUUUUUAGUCAUAAAGACAAGAAGUAUCCAACAGGGACUAGAACAAAUAGAGCUACAAAAGCAGGAUUUUGGAAAGCAACUGGAAGAGAUAAGGCUAUUUAUCGUAAGCAAUGUUUAGUUGGAAUGAGAAAGACAUUGGUAUUUUAUAAAGGUCGAGCACCAAAUGGACAAAAAUCAGAUUAUAUAAUGCAUGAGUACAGACUUGAAACCAAUGAGAAUGCCAAUACUAUUCAGGAAGAAGGUUGGGCAGUGUGUAGAGUAUUCAAGAAAAAACUAGCAACAUCAAUAAGGAGAGAAGGAGACCAAUUAUACCAACACGAGUCACUAUGUUGGUAUAACGAUGACCAAUUAGUCUCCAAUUUCACGCCUAAUUUUGACUCUCCACAACGUAACAGUUUUCCAAAUCCAUAUAAUGUUACACCUUCAUACCAUCAUCAAUUACCCUACAACAAUAUGCAUCAACAGUACCCUCAGAAUAAUGAUGCAUUAUUUCUUCAACUCCCUCAAUUAGAGUCUCCAAAAAUCCCUCUACCCUAUGGAUCAAUCAACAACAACUCAAUUUACAAUAACAACAACAACUAUGAUCAAGUGACCGAUUGGCGAGUACUCGAUAAACUUGUUGCAUCUCAAUUAAGUACUCAACAAGAUGGCUGCAAUGCUGCUUGCUCUAGUUCCCCAGCAUCUGAAAAAAUGAACAUGCAGCUUCAAAGUGAUACUAAGGGACAAGAAAUGAGUUCAGAAAUUGCCUCAUUAUCUGCUUCAAGUUCACAAUUUGACAAUUUAUGGAAGUAAUAUAUAAUCAUAGAAAAUAUAUGAUGAUGAUUGGAUUUGAUAUAUGUACUUAUAAAUUGUUUCAGUUUAUGUACAUAAUAAAACUCAAAUAUGGUACGUGAUGUAUUAGAGGUUUAAAAAAUUUGUAUUCAUCUAUAAGAAUG